AACUCCCUCAUGAACCUUCGAAAAUCAUUACCAGAAGACCAUACAGUAUUUCUUGCUUAUAUCGGAAAUCAAGCCCAAGUCCGCUUAAUAAAACCUACUACAGUAACAAACAUCUUGAAAAAUAUGAUGGCUAAUGCUGGAAUUGACACAAACAAAUUUGGUCCCCGUUCUAUUCGGUCAGCCUCCAGUACAAAAGCAGUUCAAUUAGGCCAUAAAAUUGAAGAAAUUAAGAAACAUGCAAAUUAGAGUCUAUCAGCAGAUACAUUUGAAAGAUUUUACUUCAAACCUUCUCAUCAAGACUGAAGCAGCAGAAAAGCAUGUCAUCAGUUUUUUUCUGUUACUAUAAACAAUGCCACAUCUGAAGUCGGAAUGGAGGCAAC